AUGGACUCACACGCCCCCCCUCAACCACCCAUCCUCAUCGUCGGCGGCGGCCUCGCCGGCCUCGCCCUCGCCCAGGGCCUCCUGAACGCCUCCAUCCCCUUCCGCCUCUUCGAGCGCGACCCGCUCGCCUCCUCCCGCCCGCAGGGCUACCGCAUCCGCGUCACCACCGCCGCCCUGCGCGUCCUCCUCCCUCCCCCCAUCCUCGCCUCCCUCGUCGCCACCGCCAGCGUCCCCAUCCUCCCCGGCCACGCCAUCUCCGCCCUCACCGGGGAGCCCGACCCCGAAGCCUUCAUGCCCGGCGGCCCACCACCCGGCGGCGGCAGCGGCACCGGAGAGCUGCUCAACGCGGACCGCGCGGUGCUGCGGGAGGUCCUCCUCCAGGGCCUAGGGAGCCACAUGUCCUACGGGAAGACGUUCGCCAGCUACGCUGUCCUGCCCGACGGUGGUGGGGUGGAGGUACGCUUCAAGGACGGGUCCGUCGCGCGCGGCGCGCUGCUCAUCGGCGCCGAUGGCGCGCGCUCCGCCGUCCGCCGACAGCUCCUGCCCGGUUUCCCACUCGUCGACACCGAGGGCCGCUCCGUCUUUGGCAAGACGCCCCUCACACCCUCGCUGACCUCCCGACUGCCCCCGUCCUUCCUCUCCGGCAUGUGCCUCGCCAGCCUCCCCAACUCCGAGCCCCCCACCAAGCUCCUCUUCGAGGCCAUGCGCUUCGACCGCGCCGCCCCCGCCGCCGUCGCCGUCCCGGAGGACUACAUCUACUGGGUCCUCUGCGCCCGCAGCGACGUCACCAACCCGCUCGUCCCCGGCGGUUUACCCACACUACUAGGUCUCGCAGGCGAAGCCUCCGCGGACCUCGCGCGCGCCGUGAUGCGCGGCUGGUACGAGUCCCUCGUCGCCGUCACCGGGUGUGGGGACCGGGAGGAGGAGGAGGAGGAGGAGGAGGAGGAGGAGGAUCACUCGUCCACGGCGACGCUCGCCUUCUUCUCGUGCACCGCGGACGGGCUGCCGCGGAGUUGGGAGCGGCUCCGGAGGGAUGCUGCUGCUGGGGCGGAGGUGCCGGUGACGCUGAUCGGGGACGCGGCGCAUCCGAUGCCGCCGGUGGGGGGCGUCGGCGCCAACUCGGCGUUCGAGGACGCGCUGGAACUGUGCCGGGCGCUGACGGAGGAGAGCGGGCACGGUCACGGCGGUGGUGGUCAGGUGGUGGCGCUGGCGCAGUAUGAGCGGUCCAUGGUGCAGAGGGUCGGCGAGGCGGUCGAGAGGAGCAGCCAGGGCGCGAGGAGAUUCUUCGGCAUGAAGCCGCGGGACGAGCUGAAGCCGAUCGAGGUUUGA